AUGGAGGUGGCCAACAACGUUCAGAGGGAGGAGACGGUGCUGAGCAUCCAGUUUGUGCUGCUGGACUGCUCCCACCUGAAGGCCGCCGUGGUCCAGCACUGCAACGAGUGGCAGAACAAGCUGACCAACCUGCUCAAGGAGAUGGCCACCAGCCGUUUGAGGGAGCUGACCGCUUACCUGCAAGACAACGCGGCCGACAUCAGCCGUCCUCCCCAGACGUUGGAGGAGCUCAGCCGAAGCCUCCAGCUGCACGAGACGCUGCAGAACGACCUGCUGAAGAUCGAGGGGCAGAUCCCCCCGAUCCACGAGCAGUUUGCCAUCCUGGAGAAGUACGAGGUGGCCGUGGACGAGGAGGUGCUGCAGUUGCUGGGUGAUUUGAAUUCGGAGUGGCUGGCUUUCCAGCAGUGCCUCCUGGAUAGCGAAACCAUGUUGAAGAAACACAAGGAGAAGUUCAAGACGGGCCUGAUCCACUGCGCGGAUGACUUCAAGAAGAAGGCCCAAAAUCUCCUCCAAGACUUUGACAUGAAUGGUGAGCAGCCACAGAUAGCUCUGGGCUUGGUCCUCCUCUCCCUUCUGACCCAUCGUCCUCUGCUGUGGACAAAGAGGAUGGGCUUUCUCUCCAACCAUCUUUUGGUUCUUCAGGCUCUGGAGAGCAUCGCCAAGACCUGGGCUGUCACCGCACUGGACAUUGUGCCUUACAAAGAGAAAGGGCACCACCGAAUCAGAGGAACUGAGGAUGUAUUCCAAGCGCUGGACGACAACCAGGUGGCCUUGUCCACCAUGAAGGCUUCCCGCUUUGUGAAGCCCUUCGAGAAGGAGGUGGACCGGUGGGAACGCUGCCUCUCGCUCAUCCUGGAGGUGAUCGAGAUGUUACUGACCGUGCAGCGUCAGUGGAUGUACCUGGAGAACAUCUUCUUGGGAGAAGACAUCCGCAAGCAGCUGCCUGGUGAAUCGUCCUCCUUUGACAACAUCAACAGCAGCUGGAAGACCAUCAUGGACCGCUUUGUCAAGGACAACAACGCUCUGCGGGCUACUCAUUACCCAGGCCUGCUGGACAAACUGGUAGAAAUGAACACGGCCUUGGAAGAUAUCCAGAAGUCCCUUGACAUGUACUUGGAGACCAAACGCCACAUCUUUCCACGCUUCUACUUCCUCUCCAACGAUGACCUCUUGGAGAUCUUGGGCCAGUCCCGCAACCCAGAGGCUGUCCAGCCCCACCUCAAGAAGUGCUUUGACAACAUUAAGUGCCUCAAAAUUCAGAAGAUUGGGGCCAGCAACCGUUCUGAAGCCCUCGGCAUGUUCUCUCUGGACGGGGAAUACGUGGACUUCACCCAUUCUGUACUGCUGGAAGGACCGGUGGAGGAGUGGCUGUGCGACGUGGAGAGGGCCAUGCGCUGGACAUUGAGAGAGGUGCUAAGGAACUGCCGACUGGCCUUGAAGAAGAUGUUGACCAAGAGAGACAAAUGGGUGAAGGAAUGGCCUGGACAGAUGGUGAUCACCGCCAGCCAGAUCCAGUGGACGGCCGACGUCAGCAAGUGCUUGGCCACCUGUAAGGAACGCGGGGACAAGAAGUACCUCAAAGCGAUGAAGAAAAAGCAGAUCUCCAUGCUCAACAAGUACUCGGAGGCCAUCCGGGGCAGCCUGACCAAGAUCAUGCGGCUGAAGAUCGUGGCGCUGGUGACGGUGGAGGUCCACGCCCGCGACGUCAUCGAGAAGCUGUACAGGAGCGGCCUGCUGGACGUGACUUCCUUCGAGUGGCUGAGCCAGCUGCGCCUCUACUGGGAGAAGGAUUUGGACGACUGUGUGAUCCGGCAGACCAACACCCAGUUCGCUUACGGCUACGAGUAUCUGGGGAACUCUGGAAGGCUGGUGAUCACCCCACUGACUGACAGGUGCUACAUGACACUGACCACGGCCCUCCACCUCCACCGAGGAGGGUCUCCGAAGGGCCCAGCGGGCACCGGCAAGACGGAGACGGUCAAGGACCUGGGCAAGGCACUGGGCAUGUACGUGAUCGUGGUCAACUGCUCGGAGGGCCUGGACUACAAGUCUAUGGGGCGCAUGUACUCCGGACUCGCCCAGACGGGCGCCUGGGGCUGCUUCGACGAGUUCAACCGCAUCAACAUCGAGGUCCUGUCGGUGGUGGCCCAGCAGAUCCUCUCCAUCCUGUCCGCCUUGGCGGCCAACAUGACGCGCUUCACCUUUGAAGGCCACGAGAUCAACCUGGUUUGGUCCUGUGGCAUCUUCAUCACCAUGAACCCAGGCUACGCCGGGCGGACGGAGCUGCCGGACAACCUGAAGUCCAUGUUCCGCCCCAUCUCCAUGGUGGUGCCGGACUCCACCCUCAUUGCCGAGAUCAUCCUCUUCGGCGAAGGAUUCAACAACUGCAAGAUCUUGGCCAAGAAGGUCUACACGCUCUACUCGCUGGCCGUCCAGCAGCUCUCCAAGCAGGACCACUACGACUUCGGCCUGCGGGCCCUCACCUCUCUCCUCCGCUACGCCGGGAAGAAGCGCCGGGUGCGGCCGGACCUGUCGGAUGAAGAGAUCCUGCUGAUGGCGAUGAAGGACAUGAACAUUGCCAAGCUGACCUCCGGGGACGUCCCGCUCUUCAACGCCAUCAUCCAGGACCUCUUCCCGGGCAUCGAGUGCCCCGUCAUCGACUACGGCAAGCUGAAGGAGGUGCUGGAGGGGGAGCUGAGGGAGAUGGGGCUGCAGACCAUCCCCUUCACCAUCAUGAAGGUCAUCCAGCUCUUCGAGACCAAGAACUCCCGCCACUCCUCCAUNGACGCCGCCUUCAACCUGGUCCGGGAUUAUCCCCUGAACCCCAAGGCGGUGUCCCUAGGCGAGCUGUACGGAGAGUACAACCUCAGCACCAACGAGUGGACGGAUGGCAUCCUCUCCAGCGUCAUGCGGACGGCCUGCGCAGACGAGAAACCGGAUGAGAAGUGGAUCCUUUUCGACGGACCGGUGGACACGCUGUGGAUCGAGAGCAUGAACUCGGUCAUGGACGACAACAAAGUCCUGACCCUCAUCAAUGGGGAGAGGAUCGCCAUGCCCGAGCAGGUUUCGUUGUUGUUCGAAGUGGAGAACCUGGCGGUCGCCUCACCUGCCACCGUCUCCCGGUGUGGGAUGGUUUACACGGACUACAGCGACCUGGGUUGGAAACCGUACGUCCUAUCCUGGAUCGAGAAGCGUCCAAAGGUGGAAACGGAAACCCUGCAGCGGAUGUUCGACAAAUUCACCAACAAGAUCCUGAACUUCAAGAAGGAAAAUUGCCAGGAGUUGGUGCCCAUCGCGGAGUACAGCGGCAUUGUGGCCCUCUGCAAACUCUUCACGUCCUUGGCCGAGGAAGGGCUCAACCUCACCGACGCCGAGAAUUAUUCCACCCUGGUGGAGAUGUACUAUGUCUUCAGCAUGAUCUGGUCCCUGUGCGCGGCCGUGGACGAGGAAGGCCGGAAGAAGAUUGACAACUUCCUGCGGGAAAUGGAGGGGUCCUUCCCUAACAAGGACACGGUCUACGAGUACUACGUGGACCCCAAGAGGAAGCAGUGGGUGGCCUUUGAGGACAACCUUCCCAAGAUGUGGAGAUACCCCGCCAACAUCCCCUUCUACAAGAUCAUCGUUCCCACCGUGGACACCAUGCGGUACAACUACUUGGUGAACGCCCUCAUUUCCAACCAACAGCCGGUGUUGCUGGUGGGCAUGGUGGGCACCGGGAAGACCUCCAUCGCCCAGGGGGUGCUUCAAUCCCUGGACACCAUGAAGUGGGCCGUCCUGGUAAUCAACAUGUCCGCCCAGACCACCUCCAACAACGUCCAGAGCAUCAUCGAAAGCCGGGUGGAGAAACGCACCAAGGGUGUCUACGUGCCCAUGGGGGGGAAAAGCAUGAUCACCUUCAUGGAUGACCUGAACAUGCCCGCCAAGGACACCUUCGGGUCGCAGCCCCCUCUGGAGCUUCUCCGGCUUUGGCUGGACUACGGAUUCUGGUACGACCGCGCCAAGCAGACCAUCAAACACAUCAAGGACAUGUUCCUGAUGGCAGCCAUGGGACCGGCCGGCGGAGGGCGUACGGUGAUCUCCAGUCGUUUACAAAGCCGUUUCAAUCUCAUCAACAUGACCUUCCCCACUGACUCCCAAAUCCGCCGCAUCUUCGGCACCAUGAUCAACCAGAAGUUGCAGAAUUUCGAGGAGGCCGUCAAGCCCAUCGGCAAUGUCAUCACUGAGGCCACGGUGGAGCUCUACAACAGCGUGGUCCAGCGGUUCCUGCCCACCCCAGCCAAGAUCCACUACCUCUUCAACCUCCGGGACAUUUCCAAGGUCUUCCAAGGCAUGCUGAGGGCCCACAAGGACUUCCACGACACCAAAGCCAGCUUGACCCGUCUCUGGAUUCACGAAUGCUUCAGGGUCUUCUCGGACCGCCUGGUGGACAGCCCCGACAUGGAGACCUUCGUGGGUCUGCUGGGCGAGAAGCUGGGCACCUUCUUCGACCUGACCUUCCACCACAUCUGCCCCAACAAGCGGUCGCCCAUCUUCGGCGACUUCAUGCGCAACGUCUACGAGGACAUGGUGGACAUGGGCGUCCUGAAGGCCGAGAUGGAGCGGGCCCUGGGCGAGUACAACCGGACGCCAGGGGUGGUGCCCAUGAGGCUGGUCCUCUUCCGGGACGCCAUCGAACACAUAACCCGCAUCGUCCGGGUGAUCAGCCAGCCCCGGGGCAACAUGCUGCUGGUGGGCAUCGGAGGGAGCGGGCGCCAGAGUCUGGCCCGCUUGGCUUCCUCCAUCUGCGAAUACUACACCUUCCAGAUCGAGGUCUCCCGGCAGUACCGGAAGCAGGAAUUCCGAGAAGACAUCAAGAAGCUGUACCGGCAGACCGGGGUGGAUCUCAAGCCCACCACCUUCCUCUUUGUGGACACUCAGAUAGCCGACGAAUGCUUCCUGGAGGAUAUUAACAACGUCCUCAGCUCCGGAGAAGUUCCCAACCUCUACAAAUCGGAUGAGUUUGAGGAGAUCCAAAGCCACAUCAUCGACGCAGCCCGGGCGGAGGGCAUCCAGGAGAGUCAGGACAGCCUCUUUGCCUACCUGAUCGAAAGGGUCCGCAACAACCUGCACGUGGUCCUGUGCCUGAGCCCCGUGGGGGACCCAUUCAGGAACCGGAUCCGCCAGUAUCCUGCUUUGGUGAACUGCACCACCAUCGACUGGUUUUCGGAGUGGCCCAAGGAAGCCUUGCUGGAGGUGGCGGAGAAGUACCUGGAGGGCGUGGAUUUGGGCCUGGUGGAACGGGGGAGCCUCGACACGAUGCAAAAGCGAGUGGCUAAAAUCUUCGUCACCAUGCACUGGUCUGUGGCCAGAUACUCUCACAAGAUGCUGCUGGAACUCCGGCGCCAUAACUACGUCACCCCCACCAACUACCUGGAGCUGGUCUCCGGCUACAAGAAGCUCCUGGCCGAGAAGCGGAAGGAGCUUUCCGAGCAAGCCAACAAGCUCCGCAACGGCCUCUUCAAAAUCGAUGAGACCCGGGAAAAAGUCGAGGUGAUGACCCUGGAGCUCGAAGAGGCCCGGAGGAAGGUGGCCGAAUUCCAGAAACAGUGCGAGGAGUACCUGGUGAUCAUCGUCCAGCAGAAACGGGAAGCGGACGAGCAGCAGAAGACGGUGUCGGCAAACAGCGAGAAGAUCGCCACCGAGGAGAUUAAGUGCAAAGCCUUGGCUGACAACGCCCAGAAGGACUUGGAGGAAGCUCUGCCCGCCUUGGAGGAAGCCAUGAAGGCCUUGGAGUCCCUCAACAAGAAGGACUUGACGGAGAUCAAGUCUUACGGCCGGCCACCUACGCUGGUGGAGACCGUGAUGCAGGCGGUCAUGAUCCUGAGGGGCAACGAGCCCACCUGGGCUGAAGCCAAGAAGCAGCUAGGCGAGCCCAACUUCAUCAAGCAACUGGUGCACUUCGACAAGGAUAACAUCUCCGACAAAGUUCUCAAGAAGAUCAGCGCCUACUGCUCCCAGCCAGACUUCCAGCCGGAUAUCAUCGGGAGGGUCUCGGUGGCCGCCAAGUCGCUGUGCAUGUGGGUGCGAGCCAUGGAGAUGUACGGACGCAUCUACCGCGUGGUGGAGCCCAAGCGGGCCCGUAUGAACGCCGCCUUGGCCCAACUGGCGGAGAAGCAGGCGGCCCAGGCCGAAGCCCAGGAGCGCCUUCGGGAGGUGGCGGAGAAGCUGGAGAUGCUGAAGAAGGAGUACGAGGAGAAGCUGGCUCAGAAGGAGGAGCUGCGCAAGAAGUCGGAGGAGAUGGAGGUCAAGCUGGACCGGGCGGACAAGCUGGUCUCCGGCCUGGCCGGGGAGAAGAUCCGCUGGGAGGAGACCGUCAAGGGCCUGGAGGAAGACCUGGGCUACCUGGUGGGCGACUGUCUGCUGGCCUCGGCCUUCGUGUCCUACAUGGGGCCCUUCCUCUCCAACUACCGGGAUGAGAUGGUCUCCCACAUCUGGAUGAAGCAGAUCCGGCAGCUGCACGUGCCCUGCUCGCCGUCCUUCACCUGCGACAGCUUCCUCUCCAACCCGACCCUGGUGCGCACCUGGAACAUCCAGGGACUGCCCUCCGACGACUUCUCCACCGAGAACGGGAUCAUCGUCACCCGGGGGAACCGGUGGCCCCUGAUGAUCGACCCUCAGUGCCAGGCCACUAAGUGGAUCAAGAACAUGGAGGCCAAGAAAGGCUUGAAGAUCAUCGACCUGCAGAUGCCCGACUACCUGCGCAUCCUGGAAGCGGCCAUCCAACUGGGCUCCCCGGUGCUGCUGCAGAACGUGCAGGAGGAGCUGGACCCCACCCUGGCCCCCAUCCUCAACAAGUCGGUCACCAAAGUGGGUGGGCGCCUGCUGAUCCGGCUGGGGGACAAGGAGGUGGAGUAUCACCCCGAGUUCCGAUUCUACCUCACCACCAAGCUCUCCAACCCUCACUACACGCCCGAGACCUCCUCCCAGACCACCAUCGUCAACUUCGCCGUCAAAGAGCAGGGCCUGGAGGCCCAGCUGCUGGGCAUCGUGGUCCGGAAGGAGCGGCCCGAACUGGAGGAGCAGAAGGACUCGCUGGUCCUCAACAUCGCGGCCGGGAAGAGGAAGCUGAAGGAGCUGGAAGACGAGAUCCUCAGGUUGCUGAACGAAGCCACCGGCUCCCUGCUGGACGACGUGCAGCUGGUGAACACCUUGCAGACCUCCAAGGUGACUGCCACGGAAGUGACAGAGCAGCUGGAGACCAGCGAGAUGACCGAGAUCAAGAUUGACACCGCUCGGGAGGCUUACCGGCCUUGUGCCCAGAGGGCCUCCAUCCUGUUCUUCGUGCUGAACGACAUGGGGCGCAUCGACCCCAUGUACCAGUUCUCGCUGGACGCCUACAUCGACCUGUUCAACCUCAGCAUCAACAAGAGCCAUCGCAGCCACAAGCUGGACGAGCGAAUCCGACACCUGAACGAGUACCACACCUACGCCGUGUACAGGUACACCUGCCGGGGUCUCUUUGAGCGACACAAGCUGCUCUUCAGCUUCCAGAUGUGCGCCAAGAUCUUGGAGACAUCCGGCAGCCUCAAGAUGGAUGAGUACAACUUCUUCCUGCGGGGUGGAGUGGUGCUGGACCGGGAAGGCCAGAUGGACAACCCUUGCACCAGCUGGCUCUCCGACAUCUACUGGGACAACGUCACGGAGCUGGACAAGCUGACCAAUUUCCACGGCAUCAUGAACUCCUUCGAGCAGUACCCCCGGGACUGGAACCUGUGGUACACCAGCUCCAAGCCGGAGAAGGCCCUGCUGCCAGGCGAGUGGGAAAACUCCUGCAACCAAAUGCAGCGCAUGCUGGUGGUCCGGUCUCUGCGGCCGGACCGGGUGGCCUUCUGCGUCACGGCCUUCAUCGUCUCCAACCUGGGCUCCCAGUUUAUCGAGCCCCCCGUGCUGAACAUGAAGUCGGUGGUGGACGACUCCACCACGAAGACCCCCCUGAUCUUCGUGCUGUCUCCAGGCGUGGACCCCACCUCUUCCCUGCUGCAGCUGGCCGAGAACUCGGGCAUGGCGCAGCGUUUCCACGCCCUGUCCUUGGGCCAGGGCCAGGCCCCCAUCGCCACCCGCAUGAUUAAGGACGGGGUCCACCAGGGUAACUGGGUUUUCCUGGCGAACUGUCAUCUGUCCCUGUCCUGGAUGCCCCAGCUGGACAAACUGGUGGAGCAGCUGCAGGUCGAAGAGCCCCAUCCUUCCUUUCGGCUGUGGCUGAGUUCCAGCCCCCACCCCGAAUUCCCCAUCUCUAUCCUGCAGGCAGGCAUCAAGAUGACGACGGAGCCCCCCACGGGCUUGAAGGCCAACAUGAAGCGGUUGUACCAGCUGAUCACGGACAUCCAGUUCAACCGUUGCACGAAGCCCAGCAGGUACAAGAAGCUGCUCUUCGCCCUCUGCUUCUUCCACAGCGUCCUCCUGGAACGCAAGAAGUUCCUGCAGCUGGGCUGGAACAUCGUCUACGGCUUCAAUGACUCGGAUUUUGAGGUGUCCGAGAACCUCCUGAGCCUGUACCUGGACGAGUACGAGGACACCCCCUGGGACGCUCUCAAGUACCUGAUCGCGGGGGUCAACUACGGCGGCCACGUGACGGACGACUGGGACCGGCGUCUGCUGACCACGUACAUCAACGACUACUUCUGCGAUCAGACCGUGGCCGCCCCCUUCUACAAACUGACGGCAUUAGACACUUACUACAUCCCCAAGGAUGGCAACCUCUCCUCUUACAAGGAGUACAUCAGCCUGCUACCCGGCAUGGACCCCCCGGAGGCCUUCGGCCAGCACCCCAACGCCGACGUGGCCUCGCAGAUCACCGAGGCCCGGACCCUCUUCGAAACUCUACUCUCCCUCCAGCCCCAGACCACCCCCACAGGGGUGGCCGGUCAGAGCCGCGAGGACAAGGUGCUGGAGCUCUCAUCUGACGUGCGCAGCAAGAUCCCGGAGGAGAUCGACUACGAGGGCACCUGUAAGGUGCUCUCCACCGAUCCCUCCCCUCUCAACGUGGUCUUGUUGCAAGAGAUCCAGCGUUACAACUCCUUGCUGCAGAUCAUCAGCUCAUCGCUGGUGGAGCUGGAGAAAGGCAUCCAAGGGUUGGUGGUCAUGUCGACGGACCUGGAGGAGAUCUUCAACUGCAUCUUCGACGCCCGCGUGCCCCCCAUGUGGGAAAGGGCCUACUCCUCCCAGAAGCUCCUGGCGGCCUGGACCCGGGACCUGGGCCUGCGGGUGGAGCAGUUUGCCCGCUGGGCGAAGACGGCUCACCCGCCCGUCCUCUUCUGGCUCUCCGGCUUCACCUUCCCCACCGGAUUCCUGACCGCUGUCCUGCAGGCAGCCGCGCGGCAGAACAACAUCUCAGUGGACACCCUGAGUUGGGAGUUCAUCGUGUCCACCGUGGACGACAACAACCUGGUGUACCCCCCCAAGGAGGGGGUCUGGAUCCGGGGCCUCUUCCUGGAGGGGGCCGGCUGGGACAAGAAGAACUCCUGCCUGGUGGAGGCCGAGCCCAUGCAGUUGGUCUGCCCCAUCCCUACUAUCCACUUCAAGCCUGUGGAGAAUAAGAAGAAGAGCAGCAAAGGCAUCUACUCCUGCCCUUGCUACUACUACCCCAACCGGGCGGGCUCCUCCGGGCGCCCCUCCUUCGUCAUCGGCGUGGACCUGCGCUCCGGAGCCAUGCCGCCCGACCACUGGAUCAAGCGGGGCACCGCUCUGCUGAUGAGCCUGGAUGCGUGA